AUGAACGGCGACUUGAGCUUGUCCCAGGCCUUGGGCGGGCUGCGGAUAGCCAACCCGGACGAUGCGCCUGCCAGCUCUUCGAGGGACUUGUCGGCCGCCGCGACCGGGGACGCAGCCCCCAUCGACGCCAGUGAGGGGAUCGCCAACGACGAGACCCAACAGCAACUCCCACCUCCCCAACAAUCGCCUCCAGCACCCAUACCGGACCCUACGACUCCCUCUGGUACUAGCGACCCCCAGAGUCGAUCGCCAGGCGGUGGACACACUUACGAAAGCGCCGCCGCCAUCCUGAAGUCGGCCCAGAACAACCUGAACAUCGUACAGAGGCAACCGAGCUCGGCAGCCCGCCCCGACCAGCAUCUCCAAGUGCAGUAUUCCACAUACCAGCCAAAUUCAUCACCCAGCAAUGGCCGCUCCCCAAGCUCAGCCUCUGCCCGACCGGUCUCCAAUCUCUACUCCACACCCACCCCGCUUGAGAUUGAGCAGGCGACUACGCCUUACAGCGCGCUCCGGGGCGAGUCCUCGACCUAUGGCAUACCUGCCAGGCACGACUCAAGGUCAAGUCCUGCUCACACAAAUCCCGUAUCCUCGAGGGAGGCGAACCACCGAGAGCGGCCUUACAACACGGCGCCUACUGGUGCCCUCCCACCAAGACGCAGCUCCAGGGGGAUGGGCGGUGGUUAUGCCACGACCCAGCCCGCCCCUAGCCCGGGCCAGUCGACCACACAGCUUGCUGAUAUGCCGCCGCUCAAGAGCAGCGAGGAGUGGCAGGAGAAGGGUGCGUCGGUAAGCGUCCGGAAAGAGGUUGACGCCUCGGGCAGGACCGUCGUCAGAACCGUCAAGAAAGGUGUCAAGGACUUUUCUUUUGGGCGAGUUCUCGGAGAAGGAUCUUAUAGCACUGUCUACCUCGCGACCGACCGACAGAGCCUCAAGGAGUAUGCCAUCAAAGUCCUCGAGAAGAAGCACAUCAUCAAGGAGAAGAAGAUCAAAUACGUCAACAUUGAGAAGAACACCCUCAACCGAUUAACAGAACAUCCCGGCAUUGUGCGGCUCUACUACACUUUUCAAGAUGAGCUAUCGCUCUAUUACGUGCUGGACCUCUGCAACGGCGGCGAGCUGCUCGGUGUGCUGAAGAGAACCGGCACUUUCGACGUUGACUGCACGAGGUUCUACGGUGCCCAGAUACUCGAUGCUAUCGACUAUAUGCACUCGAGAGGAGUGAUCCAUCGCGACCUGAAGCCCGAGAACGUCCUUCUUGACGAUAACAUGCACGUGAAGAUCACGGACUUCGGGACAGCGAAGCUGUUGAAAGACCCAAGAGAUCCGAAACCUCUGGAGAACGUCCCAGGGGUUUCGAACGAGUCGGAGGACAGCCGCGCAGCCUCUUUUGUCGGAACUGCCGAGUAUGUGAGCCCAGAAUUGCUGACAGACAAGUCGGCUGGGAAGCCAAGCGACAUUUGGGCGUUUGGGUGCAUUAUAUACCAACUCCUUGCUGGUCGACCUCCUUUCAAGGGCGGGUCGGAGUAUCUGACUUUCCAGAAGAUUGUCGGCCUUGAAUACGAGUUCCCCGCUGGGUUCCCUCCAGCUGCUCGGGACCUGGUCGAGAGAUGCUUGGUCUUGGACCCCUCUCGUCGAUUGACCAUCGAUCACAUCAAGAACCAUGAGUUCUUUGAUGGUCAAAAGUUCGGCAAAGAGCUGUGGAGGACAAAGGCGCCGCGGCUGCGACCAUUCGUACCUCCUUCGCAGGAGCCGCACAUUAUUCAGCUCAACGGAGCCUCCUCUGCGUCCCAAUCAACGGCGGCAUCUAGGAGCGCCCAGCCGCAGAACAACGCGCCGCGGCCAUCGCGCAUCAUUACCGAAUUGCCACCUCCCACCCAACUGGAUCUAGACUGGUCCCCUAUCCUCACACGCCAGAACGAAAGAAUCUUGAAACUCGGCGACUUGAUGGUCAUCACGAGCCCUCUCAAUAACGGGCAGAAGGGUGACGGCGACGGUCACAAGAAGCUCUCCCGAUUCUUUGGCGGCAGCACGACGAAGAAGCGGCAGCGGCUUGUCAUGGUCACUUCAGGUGGUCGCAUAGUGCUCUGCCCGGCUGGCGGAGACGAGAAGAAGGCGAAGCAAGAAAUAUCUCUUUUGGCUCCUGACUGCACUUGGCGCAGCCAGAUGGACGCCAAGGGGCAGAUGGUGUGGUGCGUCGACACGGGAGGCGUACACUACUCCUUCGAGGAAGCAAAGUCUUCGCAAUCCACAGAGUACGGCAAGACUCCCGCGGAAGAGUGGGUUGACGCGCUUGAGAGAGCAAAGGAUUUUGCUCUGUCGCAAAACAUCGUGGCUUCUUAUAGAAGCGACGACUUCGGCGACAUGUCCUCGUCCAUGUCGAGCCCGGCUAGCACGCUCGGGGGCAGGGGCCAGUACCCGGAGGGCUUUGGCGAAGGAUUCAGUGUGAGCGAUAGAUCCGGUCGCACUCAGCUUCUCAGUAAGAGUCAGGCAAGCCUUGAUGAUGCGACGGCGGAUCGGAAGAGGAACCGGUUCAGCAAGAGGCAGUCAAGGAACGGGCUUGGAGCCCAAUUUUGA